UCCCCCAAAUUCAAUUCAAUUAGAGAUACCGUACGGUACCAUUUUGUCAUCAAAAUUCGUUUCGGCUGCUGUAUGAAAAGAAAAUCGGAAUGGCGGAGGAAAAGAAUGAAACCCCAAUGACUGAUGAAUCUGAGGAAGAGGAGGAAGGAGGACCAGGAGUCCAGAUGAUAGAACCCCCGGAACCAGAACCAGUUGCUUUAGAUCCAAAUGCUUAUGAUGUAGAUCUUACGCACAAGAGAGUGUCUAAUCUCAAUGGUUUUGAAGUACUGAGACAGGUUGAGACUCUGUGUCUGCGCCAGAAUGAAAUCAAGAAGAUUGAAAACUUUGAGAAUCUGACGACGUUGACAGAUUUAGACCUUUAUGAUAAUCAACUGAAGAAGAUUGAAGGACUUCAGACUCUAGUAAAUAUGAGAAUUCUAGAUCUGUCUUUCAACAAGAUAAGGACCAUAGAGAACCUGGAAACAUUGGUCAAAAUUGAGAGAAUCUUUCUCAUCAAUAACAAGAUCUCUAAGAUUGAGAAUAUCAGCCAUUUUACCAAUCUUAACAUGCUGGAGCUGGGGGAUAAUAGGAUACGAAAAUUAGAGAACCUUGAUGCAUUGGUCAACCUUGAGAGUUUAUUUGUUGGGAAGAACAAGAUCACUAAACUGGAGAACUUAGAGAAGCUUACAAAGCUACGAGUUCUUAGUAUACAGAGUAAUCGUAUCACCAAGCUGGAAGGCCUUGACACUUUGACAAACCUGGAAGAACUCUACAUUAGCCACAAUGGUCUAGAAGUCAUGGAAAAUCUAGAAAACAAUGCUAAACUCACCACCCUAGAUCUAGCAGGUAACAAGAUUACAAGAAUACAGAAUAUUGGUCAUCUAGUACAUCUCGAAGAGUUUUGGUUCAACAACAAUCUCUUAAAUCAUUGGAAGGAUGUGGAUCAGCUUACUCCUCUCUCCAACCUACAAACAGUCUACUUAGAACACAAUCCUAUCUACAAAGACAAGAUGUACAGGAACAAGGUCAAACUAGCAGUUCCCCACCUCAAGCAAAUCGAUGCAACUUACUGCCGGUAGGACCCCCACUUCUGAUAGGGUUUGCUCAGCAUCAAACUCCAUCCCUCAUAGGCCCAACUUUGUACCUUAGGAACAAGGUCAAACUAGCAGUCCCUCACCUCAAGCAAAUCGAUGCAACCUACUGCGUGUAGGACCCUCACUUUUGCUGGGAUUUGCUCAGCAUCAAAGCCUAUCGCUCAUUGAAACUUUCCUUCAGUCUUAGUCUGAAUGUUGCACCUUAAGAACAAAGUUAAACUGGCAGAAUGGCACCUGAAGCAAAUUGAUGCAACCUAAGUACCGCAGGCAAUAGUGGUCAGUAACAUGCACCUGAUAGGAUUGUUCAGCAUAAAAACUCAACCCAUCAAAGAAUCUUUGCACUUUAGGAACUUGUUAGUACUCUCCCACUUCAAGAAAUGCGAUGCAACCUACUGCCGUCAGUAGCGGCCGGUAGAACCCUCACUUCUGCUAGCACUCGCUCAGCAUCCAACUCCUUCCCACAUAGAAAUCUCACCUUCAGUCAAAGACUCAACUUUUUCUUAGGUUGUUGUCUCAAUCUGCAAUUCAAUGAUUUCCUCAUGCAAGCCAUGUUGCCACUGCCUUUUCUCCACUAACGAUGCACUGAUGUGAAAUUAGCAUGGUAUAGUGAUUCUGAAUCUUGUUUUUACUAGAGGGGCCUAGGGUCAUGUGCUUACAUCCCACCAUGUCAUAAAUUUCCAGUGGUAAGACGUCAUUCUAUAAGUCUAUUAUUUCCCUGAACUGAAUGAAGGAAGGGGUGGGGGGGGGGUAAAGAAAACAAUCUAAGUUUUUUCCCCCCAUUAUAUUUUUACUUCAUCCAAAAGAUGAAAGUGUGUUGUCUUUUCAAAAGUUGACCAUGCAUUCAAACCAGUCUUGACUAGGGAUUGACUGUGAACCAUGGAGAUAGAAGCUAUAGAGUGAAGAGUGGUAGAGUCAGAUUUACCUUUUUAUAACAUGAACCCAAGAUUUUGGUUUAUAUGAUUAUGGAUUAUAUAUGGGGUUUCCCCCUAUUAUAUUUCUACUUUUUCCAAAAGAUUAAAGUGUGUUGUCUUUUCAAAAGUUGACCAUGCAGUUGAACCAAUCUCGACUAGGGAUUGAUUGCAUCUGUGUACUAAUAGACAUAGGAAACUAUGGAGUUUAGAUUGAUAGAGUCAGAUUUACCUUUAUAUAUUAACAUGAACCCAAGAUUAUGCUACACAUAUGCAUUAAAUUGACUUGCCAAAGUUGUACUUGGUUUUUACGAUUGUUUUCAUACUUAAGCUUUGCUUUAUAUCUUGCUCAUUACUCAUGAAAGGGUUUGGUUUUCACAAUUACAAUAAUUUUCUUUUUACAUUGUUUAUCUGAAUGUGUUCUGUAUGUAUGACACAGAUUACUCAUGGCUGAUUUUGAAUUGAAUUGUUGGAUCAUUUUGCUUCUAGCAAGCGGCAAAAUUAUAUUGAUCAAGUUAUACAUGUUUUAUAAGAAGGUUUUAAUCUGUAAGUGUAACCGCAAGGAAAUGAAACAAUAUUGAUGCUAUUGCCAUUGAUUGUGUAUUCUCGUGAAAGAUGAUUUUCCAUGGCUUUAACCAUCACCAGGGUUCAGUUUCAUAAAGACUUCACUUGUCAUAUCAACCAAUCAAAUUCAAUGAUAUCAGUAGCUUUAAACAGUUAUUGUAACAAGUUUUAUGAAAUGGGACCCUGAAUGGAAGGAAUUCAAGGAAAAUAUUUUCCUGCGACAGGUCCGCUGUAUGAGGAGCCAUUCGAUGGGGCUGCCAACAAUUUAUUUUCUUUUGUUAGAAAAACAAUUUACCUUGUGAAUCAAUAUUAAGUAUUUCAUCUUUCAUUGUAAUGCAAGUUAUCCAUCAUGGUUACAUGGUGAUAUAUGUAAUUGGCUAUUGUUAUUAUGGUGCCACUUUGCUGGUAAAUGAGAUGUAUUUCUCCAUAAAAUAGAAAUAUGCUAAGCACAGGUCACUACAUCUAGUCAAAGGACCAUGAACAUUGUUAACAAGAUGGAAAGAUUAACUCAGAUAUAGAUACUAUAUUGUCCAAUUAUUUAUCAAAGUUACAACAAUUCUAGAGGGAAUAAAAUGCUGUGAUAUAAAUUAAUUAUUAAUUACUUACUAGCUAUAGAGUUUAAUUAAUGGAAUAUUCCUUACGAUUCUCUAAUAGACAUUGCAAUUUGCUGGUCUAUCCAGUAUUUCUGACACUUUUGAGAUUUAGUAAUUGGAAUUUUUUUGUUCACUUCCCUUUAUUUUCUUGUUCAUUUUCAGGCUGAUUGUUCGAAGCAAACUGAAAACCAAUUUUGAAAAAUGAUUUUAUUACUGCGCUUCCCAUACCUCAACACCACUUCAAAAUGUCAAUGGAUACAAGUAACUGAGUAUUGGAGUGUUACUGUUGAAAUAUUGUUGGAAAAAAAAUGGUUGAUUAAUAAUAUAUAUUUAGAGUUUUAAGUUUUAGAAAAUAUAAGCAUUGAUGUAAAAUAGGUAUUGAAAUUUUGUAUCUUAUGUACAUUGGAUAUUAUCUUGGAAUACUUAAAGUAAACUGCGAGUGUUGCUAUUGUUUUUGAAUUUAUGUACAGAAUUUGCAACUUGAUAUUGCAUCAAAUAAAACGUUUCUGUAGAAAAUAGUGUU